CCGCGCGCGGGAGUAAAAGCGCGGCGGGCUGUCAGUACGCGUUCGACCGCCUGAGAUGAGGGGUUGGCGCCGUGAUUUGCGGAAGCUCACCUGCGACGAGUAGGAUCCACGCGUAGGAUCGCCGACGUUUAUCAACAGCGGUGCAUUAUGCGUUUGCUCGUUACCGCAUUUAAUCGUGCGGUGUGCCCGAGAUGAAGUGAGAAAACGAUUUUUUCCGAAGCUAGUGAAGUGACGACGAACAUGGCUUCGCCAAGAAUCACAUCCUGCUUGCUGCUGUUGCUGUUCUUGCUGGCCGUCGUUUACGCCUCCGUUGGUGGCCAAAGCAAGCAGGAAGGAAUAUUACCAACAGCAGCCCCGGAGCUGACUACUUUAAUGACAUCGAUAAAACUGACAGAGAAUGGCAAUGAUGUGACGCAGAUAGGGACACCUGAUUCUGAAGAGGAUAAAAUUAGUCAAAGCGAAAUAGAUGACGACGAGGCAGAGAAGAAGCGAAGAGAAGAAGAAGACAAGGAAGAAGAAAAUGAAGAAGAAGAAAACGAGGAGCAGGAGGACGAGGAAUACGAAGGUGAUGUUAAUAAUGAUGACGGCGAUAAUGAUGAUGAUGAUGAAUACGAGGAUGAAUUGAAAGCAGUCGCGGAGUCUCAUGAGGCAAUGUCGAAGGACGAAGCAAGAAACCCAAAUAUAUCCUCCAUCAGAAAUGAACAAUCGAGAGAAAAACUGUCAAGCGCGCAAAACUUUGAUUCCCAUGAGAAGAGCAAUGAGAACACGUUCGAUGAAAGUAUAGUGUCCAACGAGGCGAUCAUUAGUGAAGUCAUCAAGAAAGCUCAAGAUGAAGAGGUAAUAGAAUUACUAAAGUAUAAGAUGAAAGAGGACGCAAAAGUAAAGUCAAAACGCGUGCCGACAGUGAAAAAAGAGCUGAGCACCCAGAAGGAAAUAUUAUUGGUCAAUGAGACGCAAGUAUCGAAGAGCCUGUUACCCUCCGAGGAUCCCGUGAAUCAUUUAAGCAGCGAAACUGACAACGUCCGCAGAAGGGACCUGGAGAAAAACAAGCUGACGGAAGAGAAGUCGCGUGAAGGCGUUUACCUCCAAAGACCUUCGAGCGAGAUCGGCUUCAAUAAUACAUACGCUGAACAGAAGAAUCCUUCGGGAGGCGUGAAGAGACUGGACAAAAGACAGGAAACCGUUCUCAAGGACCUCAAAGCGUAUUUGCUCGCUGAGAAUGCAGCUGAAGAAGAGCGGCAACGGAAGUUGGAAGAACUCGGGGUGCAAGAAGGCGCAUUGGCAGAGAGUCUGCUGAAACUUUUGGUGAAAUUGGCGGAAGAUCCGGGCAAAUGGCAGCGCGUGCACAAAUUUCUCACUGACAUAGAGAACGAUCUGGAAGUAUCAAAGAGUCAAGAUUCGAUGAAACGCAGCACGACGAUGACGAUGUUGCUCUCCGUCACACCCCCGUCCAAUGAUGUGCCCAAGAAGAAUCGUAAAAAGCCAAAGAAGAAGAAGAAACGACCGAGGCAUCAACAGACCUCCACGACCACCUCGACAACGACUCCGAUGCCUGAGACGUCGCCUUUGACGACAACGGAUACGUGGUUGACGACACCGCAAUGGCGGCUCGUAGCUGAGAGACUCUUCGGACCACACUGGCAAGAGAACACGCAUGAGGAAUCCGAAAACGUGGCGAAAAUGCGAAUCGAUCCGAAACCGCGCAUUCUGUCACUUUGGGACCUAGUUGAUCAAAACAAAUCGAAGAAUACUGUGAGAACGACGAAUGUCGAACAGAAACCUUUGCUCUCGGAUGCUUCUGGGAAAGCCAAUACUCAAUCGCGAUUGUUAGGUGUGAGAAAGAUUAAUCCUCAUCCACUGUAUCUUCAAGAUUCGAGGGAAUUCAUCCCUGUGACAGAUUCGGAUCGCUUAGCUGAUUACGACUCACCGGAAGCGGUUUUUCCGCGUCUACGUUACACUUCGACUAACGAAUUUCCGCAACGCAGAAAUGAGAAUGAUUACCAGGAUGACUUGACUCUGCAAACGAAUUAUUUCGCUCGUAAUCAAGAGUACAAGCCACCGAGCAGAGAGUUCGCCAUUAGCAGAAGCUGGCCGGACCUGACUAUCCCUUACAAGCACAAUCGACCAUGGAGCGUGGAUGAGCGUCCACUUUACCCGGUAUCAUCCGACAAAUGGCCUUGGAGUCAGCAAAGUGAUUUUAGGUAUUGGCCAACGCGUGGGAAAUACAGAAACCAUUGGGCGACUUUAGGAAUCGAGAAGAACGACGAUCGAAUGAAUUCAGCAAGGAUCAAAGACUGGCAGCAACAGGAGUCACCAUUUUGGGAAACCGACAAGUCGCACAUGUGGCUAGUAGAGGAGGAAAUGCCAUCCUUGUGGCCACGAAUAGAUAAAACGAUGAAACCUUAUAGGCACGACGAGCUAAUAACCUGGGAAAAGAAUAAGAAUCAUUCCGAAUUGAAUAAGAAGGAGGAUACCAACAACAAGGUGGUAUUGCCGAAGAUCACCAUGAAAACUUGGAACAGUUUAACCUCCGAUCCCGCGACUUGGCCGUACAAACUACCAAGCGCAAAACCAUGGCCGAAAGAUGAAAACGGCAAAUCGUACAACCCGAACGCCGAUCUAAUAAAAAAGCUCGGCCUCGAUAAGGAAGACAACGCGAACUGGUCGAAAGACAAAGAUGAGAAGUCAGGGAAGUUAGUGUUCGAGAAGCAAACUAGCUCAAUUUUUCCCAAAGACGCGAGAAAAAAAGAGCUAACGCGAUCAAACGAUUUCAAGUACAAGCCGAUCAGCAACAAGAGCAACUACAAUGAUUACAGGAAGCUGCAGCAACAGGAAUCCAUGAAAGAGAUGCCCAAGUGGAUGUAUCAGGACAUAAAGCAGUCGAAAGAAUGGAUCAAACCACAAGCUACAUCCGACUCGCUGGAACACAGCGAGGUGGACACCUGGAACACAAAGUCGGAAGUGUCUGCCGGAAAUCCCUGGUUAAGGAAGAAUUCCCAAUCAAUUUUAUCCACGACGCAAUUGGAUGGUAACCAAGUGAAGACCCCGAACGAUGAGAAUUCACUGUCUCGUUUCUCAUCCUUCGAUACGGCUGGUGCCAACCAUGGAAAGUGGAGUGGAAAGUUAGACAAAAGUAAAGAGGGGUUGGUAAAAUACUGGACGUACAGUCCAAAGAACAAUAGCUCGCCGGGCGCGAAGAUAAACGAUGAUGAUUUUUGGAGGGAGAACAAUUCCUGGCUAUCCAAGACAAAGGAGAAUUUCUGGACGACGGGGAUGAAAUCCGCGCCUACCUCGUGGGACUCAAAAAUGGGCGACAACGUCUCGUGGGCAUCGAAGGUAGACAAUAAUGCCUCCUGGAUGCCAAAAUCCAACAAUGCGGACUCGUGGACGGCGGAUGGUGACAUUUGGCCGGGGAAACCCAACAAUGCCGAUUCCUGGUCACCGAGCUCCAACGGCCUACCUUCUUGGAUUGCAAAAGGAAAGAACAAGGAUCCGUGGGUUGGCAAGCCGAACAAUGCUGGUUGGUCGCAGAAAAUGAAGGAUGAUAACUUCUGGGCGAGCAAGUUCAACAACGUGGCUUCCUGGAAGAAUAACGAUAAUUGGAAAACUGAGCAGAACUCGUGGCAGCAAAAGAUCAACGACGACUGGAAUAUUGGUUACGGCAAGACUUCGGCUGGCACGUGGCCCUCGAAGUGGAAGCAGUUUGCUUAUCACAAGGUGACGGCGGUACCGAUCUUGAAACCGGGUACGACGGCCGAUGUUUCGUCGGCCAAGGCGAAAAACGCGUUUAUAGCGGUCUCCGCGGUCUCUUCGGAGAAUUAUAACGGAAACGACUGGAGGAAAAAUGACGUGAGAGAAGCGACGCAUGACGACAAUUUUAGGUCGGAGAAGAUGGAUCAGUCGAAUAACCAAGUUCGAUCAGAGAGCGAACGGCCAAUUUAUGCAUGGAAGAAGAACGGCUUGCAACUGAACAAUGUUCAUGUGAAGAGAAACACUACCGACCCGCUGGAGAAUCAACUGGAAGCGCUAAGGCAGGAUGAUUUGUGGCCAUACAAGCAGAAUGAGGUCGAAACGGAAGAGGAAAUUGUAUUUACCGCGUCAACCCCGCAGUCAGCAAUAACAGCGAACAAUACGAUAUCUCAACUUCCACAGAAUCAGACCACGUCGAAGGCUGUCAACACAUCGUCCAAGGCUUAUCAACAGGAGCUCCUGAUGAAAUAGGAAGACAUUCGCGAUUCGUCAAACCUCGUCCUACAAAUAUUCAGAUAUCGUGGUUCGAUCUACGAUAGGCCAUACGGUUUCUAAUUGUAGAUUAGGUUUAUAUUUGAUAUUAGUUGCGCGAUAUUUACGACUGAUAGUGUUUUCGGUUCACGCGAUCCGGACCAAUGCAAUACAAGGAACAGUAUUCCUGGCAUUGUGUUUGAGCCGAUAACUAUGUCACACAUCUUAAAUUAGAAGCUCAGAAAUAUAGGGUAAAAUAAAUAGGGUAAAAUAUGUUGAGACCUUUCUCGCGAUUUAUGUCACGUUUAUUUUUUCGCAGUAAUACUUCAGUUUGAUAAAAUAACUGCAAUCAUAAUUUAUAAAUUGAUAGUAAGUUCUACUAUGUGAUAUGAAUGUGUAAAAUAAUCACGCGCACGGAAAUUUGAACUAUUAUAAAAUAUUGUUACUCACGUUGAAUAAAAAUUACAGCUAUUACAUUUAUUACCAUUUUAAACUUUGAUAAAUGUUAAAUAUAACGGAUUAAUAACGAAUGAAAAUUAAUACCGUACUUUGUAAAUGCGUUUUAUUAAAUUAAAAGAUUAAAAUGAAGAAUCGCUUAUAUAUGCAUUGUAUUUAUAUAUAUUUAUACUUCUUUAUUUCUCUUGCUUUUAAUAAUUCAAGAUGUUUGGCAUACGUAUCGGCUUGACCACCGAUUUCAUAUUUAACUCUUAAGUUACACACUUUGUUACACACUCACAAACACACAUGCACAAUUCUAUAUGUAACUAAAUACAGUAAUGAAAUCAAUCGAUGACAGUAAUGUAGCCAUGAGGUAGCACUGAAAAGUUUUUUUCGGGGAUUACGUUACGAUGAGAGAAUACUGAUGAACGAAAUCCACUGACAAUUUCCAGUUACUCACAUAGAGAUCUAUAUAGAAUAUUUUAAAUUAUUAUUAAAAUCCACAUGUAACAUGUAAAGAUCCAUAUGGGAAUAUGUGUGGGAUUGUAUAACUAUAUGAGAAUCCAUGUUGAAUGUUUAAAAUCCGUAUCGAAAUCCGCCUUGUGUGUAAAGAUUUAUAUAAGAAUUCGUGUGAUGUGGCAUACCUAUACAAGAAUCCAAAUGGGCAUUUAAACCCCAUGUUGGAGUCUACUCAGUGUGUAAAAAUUCAUAUCGAUAUCUGUAUGAAACAGUAUAUCUGUAUCCGGAAUCCAUGCGAAGUCACAUGGACGCCUGCACACCUAUGGAAAUUCACAUGGAAACCCAGUAUUAGGGUCACAGAAUUAGCACAUAGAGAAAAUCUUAAUUUCUACAUGGGAUCCACAUGCGAGAUCUCAUGUAGGACUUAGAUUCCUGGCCUAUGCGUUGAAAGCAAAUCCCGAGAUCCCAUAUAUAAUUUCUCAUAUGAAAUUAUAUUUCCGAUACUUGUAUCAUUAAAUACGAAUUGUAUAUUUCCAGUGAAUUUCCCAUAUAAUUCCGACCUACAGCUUUCCAAAAUGGGAAAUGCGUUGGAUGGAAACGUCAUGAGAUAUCAUUACAUAUCAAAUGUAAACCUAGCUUAUUGUAAUUUGCAACAACGUCCUGGCAAACACGCGAAAUGCUAAUCGAUCCGUUCCGAUGAAUGACGUAGUGUCUCUCGAGCAACGUUACUCUCUGAAACAAAAUCAGUGUAUUUUCAUUGAAAAACAUAAAUUCAAAUGUAAAUCUAGCUCAUUGUAAUUUUCAACAACGCCCUGGCAAUCACGCAAAUGCUAAUCGAUCGGUUCCAAUGAAUAACGUAGUAUCUCUCGAGCAACGUUACUCUUUGGACCAAAAUCAGUAUUUUCACUGAAAAACAACUAAAUUUACUAUACCCAGAGUACUGUAAGUAAAAUCACCAGUAAAAUUAAUUUAAAAAAUAGUCAUAUUUUACAAUCGAAAGUAAUGAGACAAAAAGAAUAAGUAAUAUUCCGCAAUUUUUAAUUGAUUAAUUGACAACCAAAUGUCAAUCCUUUAUUGAAAAUUAAUAAAAUCCUCAUUUCAGUAAUUCUCUCAAAAUCAGUAAGGAUUUCAAGGAGAUAUGUGACUCAGGUAGUUACAUUUGCUGAUUUAGUUUCGGAGAGUAUCUUGUUGAUAACAAAAAUACUCCGAUAAGAACGAUUCUUUUGAUUGUGCACCCUUGUAGGAAUUACGGCUUUAUCAAUAAUUGUAAAAUGGAGUAUGUGUUAGCCACCUUGACUCGUUUUCCUUCUCUUUGCUCUCUCUCUCUUUCAGCAUUGGAACUUUAUUUAAUUUUAAUUUCUAUGUAACUAUGAGAUAUAGAAACAGAAAUGAGAUUAUUUUAUAACUGAUAAUCCUUUGUUAAUUAUUUUUACUGGUUUUUGCGGAAACGCUGAUUUUCUUCGAUUGCUUUUAUACUCUCGCAUCUUCUUUAUGUUGUUAUCGCUAUUGUACAAAUAAAGUUAACUCUCGAUAUUGCAUGCAAUUGCAAUAUUAUUAUUAUAAUUGCUUUCUUUAAUCGACCAAAUUUCGCAAAUCGCAAAUACUACAUUGUCACGCAUAUGCAUAUAUAUUAUUAUUACUUUUAUAAUUUUUUCAUUAUAUACUCUUGCGCUGCAUUACUUUGUCAUCAGUCUCGUUACUUUCUUUCAUUGUAAUUAUUAUAAUAUUUUUACACGUUAUUACUGCAUUUUCAAUAUCAUGUUGCUAUUUAUUUUUAUACGAAAACUCAUAUUAAUUAUCUUAAUGUGAGGAACCUACGUCCCUUCCACGUUUUACGUGGAACAUUUGUUGAACGAUCGUUUGCUUUCUCACUUGAUUACGCAUUAGUGGAACGAGAAAUUCAUUUCUGGAUAGGUAAUAUUACUGAAACCUUAUCGCGCCUGAUAUGGCCUUGAAAGUAAUAUCAAUUACAACCUUUUACGUUCAUUUCAGACGUUAUGCCAUAAUAAGACAGAAUUACCCAAGUUUAGCAUUGCCCAAGUUUGAGAUGUAAAUGUCAAAAACUAACAUUAUAAGGUGCUAAGCUUUCAUUAUCUAUCCGAUUAUAGGAGCCAUGGAAAUCAUGAAAAGCAUGUACACGCCGAUAUGCAGGUGACAAAGCGCGCGUAAACGGCAAAUCUAAAUGUAAGUCCAAUAAACUGGAUUCUCUUUUUUAGAGGAGCGUUUCGAUCAUUUAUUUAUCAUCAUAUCUUUAGGGUGUGUAACUGCAUUCGGAAACUAUUCGUAGCAGAUGUAAGGAAUAAAAGUUGUCAAAUGGAUCCGCACAAACCAUCGGCAGAUUGUUACUGUGAAUAAAAUAAAUUAAUUUCUUGCAUACCA